AAUUAGUGAUAUUGACAAUUGAAGUGAGAAAAUGUAUGAAUUUUGGGAAACUUCAGAUCUUACAUGCGUGUGCCAAAUAUUUUACAACGAUUUAAUAAUAAAUACUUAUGUCGAAUAUGUUUUAUUAUUAAUAAAAAUGUUUUUAAGAAAAUAUAUACUCCAUGCUUUUGUUGCAAAUUACAAUAAACGCCUCUCUUGUCUCCUGAAAUUAGAUUCGAUUAACUAUUUUAAGAUAUUACAUAGAUUCGCCUAUACUGAUAUACCGAAACCCAACUUUGAUGAAUAUCGAAGAAAAUCCAAUGCUGAACUAUUAGCUACGAAAAGUGCCGACGAACGAAAAGCGCUGAGAAGUGUUGUCUCUUUUGUUGGUUGCGUGGCUGGAUUGUACGGUUUUAAAUCACACUUAUUGCAUUACAUAUACUUCAUGAUGCCUUCGCGAGAUAUCUUGGCGGAAGCUCAACUGGAAGUAAAAUUGGACGGUAUACCAGAGGGGAAAGUAUUGGUCGUCAAAUGGCGCGGCAAACCUGUUUUUGUCUACCACCGGACACAAUCGAUCAUCGAGCAAGAGAGAGCGGUGCCCCUGUCAGAACUACGCGAUCCGGAAACGGACGACGACAGGAUAAAGAAGUCGGAAUGGCUGGUGGUGCUGGGUAUCUGCACGCACUUGGGUUGCGUGCCGAUUCCGAAUGCCGGCAUUAUACGAGGCGGUUUCUUUUGCCCUUGUCACGGCUCGCACUUUGACGCUGCCGGUCGCAUACGGAAGGGACCAGCGAUGACCAAUUUGGAGAUCCCCAAGUACACAUUCGUAAACGACCACAGUAUCAUUAUUGGGUGA